AUGGCUCCAAGUUCUCACCGGGAUUUGUUCGCCCAGAUCGAGCGCUGCAAAACUCUGGUUGAUGCGAGAGAGAUUCACGAGCGGAUCAAAUCGCUUCUUCCACACAAUCUCUUCGCUGCCAACAAGCUGAUUCAAGCGUACGGCCACUGCGGCUCGCCUAGCCACGCACGAGCCGUCUUUGAUUCCCUGAGAUCGAAAGAUUCCUUUUCCUGGCACGCCAUCCUCCUAGCUUACUGCAAAAAUGACGAUCUUAGAAAUGCGAGGCUUCUCUUUGAGGAGAUUCCACAACCCGGCAUUGUCUCGUGGACAGUGCUGCUCGAGGCAUAUGCCCGGCAUGGGCAUAUCAGCGAAUCUAAGAGAAUCUUUGCUCGUAUGCCAAUGUGGGACGUUGUCUGCCACAAUAUACUUCUCACACUGUAUGCAAAACAUGGCGAGGUACAGGAGGCAGAGCUAGUGUUCAACGAAAUGACCGAACGAAACCUUGUGAGCUGGAACUCCAUGCUUUCUGUAUAUGCCCGUGAUGGGCAUCUAGUAAAUGCCAAAUUUCUGUUUGAGAGGAUGCCGGUUCACGACUUAGUUUCUUGGACGUUGAUACUUUCGGCUUACAAUUCUGAAAAAGUACCGGAAAAAGAAGCCCUCUACAACAAAAUGCCUGUGUUUGACUUGAUAUCAAGCAACAUCGUUUUACGAGCAUUUACCAAAUCCGGGCAAAUGCAAGAGGCCAGAAAUUUCUUUGACACAAUGCGGUAUCAAGAUUUUGUAUCUUGGAACACAAUUCUGGAAGGGUACUGCCAAGACGAAAAUGUAUCCUUUGCUGAGAGCAUAUACGUGAAUAUGCCACAGAUCGACUUAGUUUCUUCUACACUUCUGCUCUCUGUAUUUAUUGAAACUGGACAUAUUGAAAAGGCAGAAAAACUUGUAGACUCGAUUCCAACUCAUGAUUGUGUGUCAUGGGUCACUCUUUUUUCUGCUUAUGUAAGCGAAGGUGAUACGUUGCAGGCCAAGCGAAUGCUCUGUGAACUACCAGAGCAUUCUAUUAUCUCAUGGAAUGCCAUGCUUGCCUUUUAUGCUUCUAAUCAAAAUUUUGACGAGGCCAAGAAGAUUUUUGAGGAUUUACAUUGGAAGGAUAUGACGUCUUAUACCACCUUGUUGAAAGCAUAUGCCCAAAUGGGAUAUAUUGAUGAAGCUCGUCGUUUAUUUGAGGAUAUGCCCCAAUAUGACUUAGUUUCGUGGACGUGUUUGCUGUCAUGCUAUAAUCAAGCAAAUGAUUUUGAUUAUGCAAGACACAUUUUUAACACAAUGCCAGAGUGGGACCUUUUAUCUGCAAAUACAAUGCUCUUAGCAUAUGCCCGACAUGGGUAUUAUCUAGAAUGUGAGUUUUUGUUUCUUAGAAUGCUAGAGAAGGACUUGAGCUCUUACAAUGCAAUGCUAAUGGCCUUCUCACAAGGGAAAAACUUUGAGAAAACCUCCAAUAUCUUUGAUACAAUGCCACAAUGGAAUUUAGUUUCAUGGGCAAUACUUAUAUGGGCUUAUUCUAAGAAAGGUGACUUUCAAAAUGCUGGAAUCAUAUUUGAUGCUAUGCCCACUAAGGACCUUUGUGUUUGGACUACCAUGAUAGGAGCAUAUGCCCAAGAAGGAGAGAUGGAGGAAGCAAAGAGCAUUUUUGACCAAAUUCCAGAGACAGACCUUGUAGCCUGGACAACUAUGAUCACAGGCUACUCAAGAACAGGUCAGCUUGAAUCGGCAAAACUCUUGUUUGAUUCAAUGCCAGUUCACGAUAUCGUGUCUUGGAAUGCAAUGUUAAGUGCCUAUGCAAUGAACAAUCGCAUUGAAGACGCAAAGGCAAUGUUUGAGCAAAUGCCGCAUAGAGGUUUAUCUUCUUGGAAUUCUAUGCUUUGUGGAUAUGUCCAAACUGGGCAUAUCGAGCAAGCCAAGGUUGUAUUCAACUCCAUGCCACAGCAAGAUUCUAUUUCUUUCAAUGAGAUUCUAGCCUGUGAAGACCUACAAACUGCCUUUGGGAUGUUCCACACUAUGUGCGGUGAGAAAACUGUAGUAACAUGGAAUGCCAUGCUUGCUGCAUAUGCCCAAGCUGGGGAUAUAGCUCUUGCAAAAGCGUUUUUCGAUAAAAUGCCUGAGAAAGACAUUGUUACCUGGAACACGAUGCUUGCUGCAUAUGCCCAAAACCGCCACUACCUUGAAGCUUUUGCUUUAUUUGAGGAAGCGAAAAUCUUGGACGUGACCGACCAGACGUGUUUUGUAUCAGUUCUUAUUGCGUGCAGUCGCUUGGGAGAUCUUGAAAAUGGAAGGAAGAAUUUUUUCAUGCUGGUUGAAAGCUACGGAUUUGUGGCUUUGAAGCAGCACUACUCUUGCAUGGUCGAUUUAGUGGGAAGAGCAGCCUCUUAUGAAGCUGCGAGAGAUCUAAUCGAGAACAUGCCAUUCGAGCCAGAUUCCUUGGAGUGGACAUGUUUACUGGGAGCGGCUCCUAAAACUCUAAUCAAAGGAACCAAUGUGCUCGCUAGGCUGGAUGGAAAGAGAGCUGGAGCCCUGGCCCUUCUAGCAAAUUCACUAUCAAGUAGUCACUAA